GCCAGUCGUGCACGUUCUCGCCUCCCUUGAACACCUCCACGGAGCCUCCGGAGCCUCGCGGGCCUCACAAGUCACAACAACCACAUACUAUCCGCCCCCCCUAAGCCCAUCCUUACCCGUCCCUCGUCCGAUCCGGUCUCCAGUCAUCUUCCCGAUCGGGCCUAGCAUACGCAGCCGCAACGUCUUGGCAGCUUCAUCCAACCCAUGCGUCGCGAACCUCAGACUUGACCUCCUCCUUCUCCUUCCACUCCUCCUGCUGCCGCUACUGCCCACUGGCGCAUCUUGACCUCGGCCCUGUCGACGUCUCAACUGUUCGGCUCAAACCCGUGCCAUCCCAUGUUAGCGCCCACCGGCAGGUCUGGUCUGAAGUUCGUUCGGCCGAUUUCUGCGUCUGUGACGACUUGGCAGUCGGGGGUCAAAGGGGCCAAUGGAGACAAAAAGUGAAGCAGUAUCACGAUGUGGAACUUGGGAAAGGAUACGGAAGUGGGGAGCAGGAAAGUCUGGUACCGGCCGAUCGCGAGCGGCAAACAUCCAGGGCGGCGAUGCAAUAUCGCCCCUUCACCUAUGGCCAUCCAGCCUGCCUGUUGUCAGAUCGUCCGAAAUAGUCUAUAAAGAUCAGCUCGAUCUUCCUCUUGGUUCCGGUUCUUCUUUCCUCCUCAUCACGCUUCACAAUCAUUUCCCGACCUUUUGCUUCUUCUUUCUUCGCUUCUACAAACAGCUGUGCUGUCUUAUUCCUAUCUCUUCCAAAGCAACUUGAUCACUCUUUCGAUCCAGUCCGUCCAGUCCUUUCUCGUCUCUUUAUCGACUACUUAUUUUCUAAAAAAACAACAACACCCCCCUUUCCAACCAUCAACAUGAAGUUCUCCCUCAUCGCCGUCGGCUUCGCCGCUCUCGCCGCCGCCGCCCCCCUCGGUGCCCGCCAGGCCAACGUCUUCUCCACCCAGACCUUCAACGACCUCUCCAUCAGCGGAGGCACCGCCGGCAACGCCGAGCAGGAGGCCCUCGACAAGCUCUCCGGCCUGCCCACCGACCUGACCCAGGUCAGCGAGGCUGACCUUGACUUCCUCAACAGCGUCAACCAGAUCGCCAACGGUGCCGAGAAGGAGGCCUUCAACCCUGCCAUCGAGGCCGCCACCGGCGAGGAGGCCGCCGCUCUGGAGCGCGGCAAGACCAAGAACAAGGUUCUCAAGCUCACCGCCACCAUGCUGAAGCUGCAGGCUCAGCAGGCCCAGGGCAAGGACGUCGCCGCCAAGAUGGCCGAGGAGCAGAAGAAGCUCGACAAUAACAUCGCCAAGGACGUUGCCGAGGCCGGCAAUGAGUCGACCGCUCUCGACUUCGAGGCCUCCACCGCAUAAUUGCCCGUCGAGGCAUAAUCGAAAGCGGUGGUGGACAAGGGGAGGGGGGGUGAACGUGAGAACCGUUCCCUCCCCUCCCUUCCUCCCACAACUCCUAUGGGGAAAAGGUUGAAAUGGGGAAAAGGAAAAAAGAAGGUCGAUGAUCAUGAGAAACUCACGAGACGAACAGGCGCUGCGUGCCGGCUCGGAUGAUCCGAUUCAAGUGCUGGCCAUUUCUUUAAUUAUUGGGAUGUAUGGAUGGGUACGAGUUAGUACACUCUAAUAAUCUA